AUGGUUUCUGAUGGUCAAAGUGAGGUUAUUCCAAGUACUGGCAUGGACCUUUUUUCAAUUAAUGAAAUCACUGGUAAUGUCAGUCUUAUAGGAACUUUAAAUUACACAAGCAAAAGCACUUUCUACCAGUUAAAAGUCAACGCAUCGGACAAAGGUGGCCCACUUAACGGACAAAUCGUCUUCCAGUCCAGUACAGUUUUUGCCUCCAUCAAUGUCAUUGAUGUUCCUGAUCUUGAUCCGCAAUUUAUAAACCUUCCAUAUGUAGCCACUGUCGAUGAAAACACACCUGUGGGAUACUCUGUAAUUAAGGUCAUGGCUAUAGAUCCUGACUUGGGAAUCAAUGCCAACAUUAUCUAUACAAUUCAAAGUACCAACGUGCCUGACUUAUUUGAGAUUAAUGAAAUUACUGGACUAAUAUCAGUCAAAACGGUUUUUGAUAGAGAGGAACUAUUGGACAUUGAUGACAUUGUUACAUUAAAAGUUAUGGCUAGUGAAACGGAAGAAAAUAUUCAUGGAAUUUUUGCCAACACCAUGACAGAUGUGAAGAUCACUAUUGGUGAUGUUAAUGACAACAAGCCUAUGUUUUUUUAUUGCAAUGCUACGCCAUGUGAUUUAAGUACACAAGCAACCGAUUUCAGUGGUGACAUCGAUGAACACUCAUUUGUGGGUGCCUCUGUAAAAGGUUUAAAUAUUUUAGUAGUGGAUUUGGACAAGGGACAAAAUGCCAUGUUCACCUUGCGCUUAGAAGGUCCAGACAAAGACGCCUUCCAGGUGUUCCCUUCUGCUGGCAUCUCAGAAGCUGAAGUACAAAUUCAGGUCAAAAGGCAAGAAGAUGUUGACUACGAAGAAAAGGAAUUUAUGAUAAUCGAGGUUGUUGCCACUGAAGAUUCCACAAGUGACUGCUGUUCCACAGCCACCGUCACCAUCCAGAUCAAAGACAUUAAUGACAACUUUCCGACUUUCAAGCAGGACACCUAUGAAAUAGAAGUCAAGGAACACAGUCCAAUAGGCACAAUCAUAGCCACCAUCACAGCUACAGACCCAGACACAGAAGAUGUGGACAGCAUCAGUUACACCCUUCUACCUGCUAGCAUACUGAAUUAUUUUGAUGUUUACUCAAGUAAUGGGAGCAUUAAAGUGGUUGAUGAUAAAAAAAUUGACCGUGAGGUUAGUUCCUUUUUUUAUGCCACUUUAAAAGCGACUGACACUUCAGACAAGGUUGGGACGACAACGCUGGAGAUAACUCUCUUAGACAUAAAUGACAAUACACCAAGUAUACCCAAUACAUAUUACGGGUCUGUGAAGGAAGGACCGAAUCAGGAACUGAGAUUCACAAUCCAGGCCAUUGAUCAAGAUGAACAAGGAACAGAUAACAGCAAGAUCCAAUACAGAAUUGAAGAAAGCAUGUUCAGCGACAAUUUUACCAUAAACAUAGAAACAGGAGAGUUACAAAAGAAAGGCCAGUUAGACAGAGAAGCCAUAAACGCUUCACUCAAUGGAGAUAUUGUGUUAAACGUAACAGCUACUGACAUGGGAGUGCCCCCUAGAGGCACAUGGGUGAAAGUCACAGUCAAUGUGCAGGACAUCAAUGACAAUACACCUCAUUUUAGGGAUCCUUCUUAUGAAUUCUUUGUAAAAGAAAGUAACAAGGGGUCAUUUGUGGGCUUGGUGUUUGCUGAUGAUGCAGAUCAAACAGAGAUUAACAAUCGCAUCUCGUUCCAUAUCACUGAUGGCAGCUUUGGGAACUUCAUUAUCAUCUCCUCAGCAGAAGACAAUGGGGGCUUUUUCGGUAACAUAUCUGUGGACCCAGAUGUUGAGCUGGAUUAUGAGCGGGGGCAAAGGCUAUACACUCUAACAAUUGAGGCCACAGAUCUGGGGCAGAGAAAGGAUACAGUAAAAGUCAAGGUGAAUGUGCUGGAUGUAAAUGACGAGCGACCAACGUUGCCUAAAGAUUUGACGUGGCAUGUAGCUGAGAAUACCACUGGUCUGGGGGUGGUGGGUACAAUAGUCGGCGGGGAUCUGGACAAUAACCACUCCCUGAUUUAUGAGCUCAUCUCCAUGUACUGUUACUGCAAUGCAACCAUGGGUCCAUGUGAUAAGGAAUGGUUCAUAGUGGAGGCCACAGGUGAUGUCAUGGUCAACGAAAAAUUCCUGAUUGACUAUGAGAAGUGUACUCAAGUUCUGCUGGAAGUUCAGGUGGUGGAUAUUUUCACAGAGAAAGGAGCGAAUACCAGUCUUCCAGAGCUCUUGCAGCAGCGACUGGAGCAACGAGCCUCAGAAAUUACUGUUUUGGAAGCAUACUUUAUAUAUACCAACGGAAGCGCCAUGGAUUCUAACAGUGUUGAAAGGAGAUUGCAAGAAGACCUAUACCAUGCUAAUAUACUGCGGAAAUAUGGCCUCACAUACAUUGUGUCUGGAUUACCCCAAGAGAAAGAAAUUGAUCCUGUGUUUGUUAUACUUCUGGGUUUAGUGGCGGUUCUUGUAAUAAGUCUGGUUAUCAUGAUAACAUCACUUGUCUGCACCCGGAAGAGUUUCCAGCGGAAGCUAAAGGCAUCCAAGGCCAUGAACACAGCCACAAUGCUGGCGACAGAGAGUCACAAAACUGGUGCAGUGGUUCCGGGUACAAACAAAUAUACAAUGGAGAGGGCCAACCCUGUGCUCAAUCUGAAUAUUGACACAGCCACAGACUUGGGCUUUGAUGAGGACAGUUCCAGUGAUGACAAAGUUAGCAUUAAUUCCUUGGACUAUAACCAGUCAGAUAAUGGACCAAUGACGAUAAUCGAGGAAGAGGAGGAGGAAGGUGAGACUAAAAGUGACAUACACCUGAAUGACAUGUUCAUUGAGCCACUUGGGGUUGCACUGACACAACGGGACAAAAAAAAGGAUUCAGGAAUGCAGUGGGGCUACGACAACCCAUCGCUGAACACCACGGACCUAUAAGUAUCGCAUAAGGAAUACAAUGCAGGCCCCUCCUGAAAAAUGCAUUAAGAUAAAUGGCUGCAAUUCAUGUAUGAUAUAUGUGUAAAGUUACUUUGUAAUAUGAAAAUUCAAGAAAAACAAACUGUUGUAUAAAAAUACAAAUGUCAUUGUCAAAUGCCAGAAUGUUGCAGUUUUAAGAACUGGAAACUGAAGUGAAAUGUUCCCCUCUUCCAUAGCAGUAAAUUAGUAUCAAUAAAUCAUUUGCCGCUUACAAAUUUGUUAAGGUUGUUAAGAUGUCAUUUGCUUACAAAUUUAACUGUUAGAUUCUGCAAGCCUCUUAAAAAUCCAC